AACAGGGUCGACCUUUAGUGACACUGAAAUUGUUGAUUACGGGGCUUAAAUUGUGUACUGCGCUGAAAUAGUAAAUUCCACGGUAGUAGGGUAGCAAUUCCUUGUGAAUCGAGUUCUUUCUUUGUAAAGUUAGUGAGAUGACGUUUUUUCUUCAUUAUGCAUUCUAUGGAUUUAUAUCGGUAACUCUUCUGUUCGUAAUUUUGUGCUUAAUUUAUUGCAAGAGGGCUAAUGAGUAUUGGCAACGAAAGAAUGUAUACGCUUGGAAGCCAACCCUGGUUUUUGGUAAUGCGAUGGACAUUAUGUUACAGAAGAAGCCACUAGGAGUACAAAUUAAAGAGUAUUAUGAUGACCUAAAGGCGCAACGAAAAUCUUUUGGUGGUUAUUACUUCCUAACACAACCUGUUUUGGUAGUGUCAGACUUAGACCUAAUUAAGCGCGUGAUGGUUACCGACUUUGAACAUUUCACUGACCGUCCCUUACAUAUCGACGAAGAAGAAAAUCCACUGACUGGAUAUCUUCCCGCUUUAAAAGGGGAAAGAUGGAAAGCACUGCGGAUGAAGUUGUCCCCAGCCUUCACACUGUUGAAAUCGAAAAUGAUGCUUGAAACUUUACCGGAAACGUAUGCCGAUACGCUUAUGGAGUUAAUAGAUAGAGAAACAAGAAUCCAUGGAGUGAUUAACGUUCACGAGAUUAUUGGUAAACUAAACAUGGAUAUAAUUGCCUCUUGUGCGUUUGGAUUUGAAUGCAAUAGUUUAAAAGAGGGAAAUGCUGAACUUAAAAAUCAUUUGUUGAACUUUUUCCACGAUCAGUCGCUAAGGGGCUCCAUUAUUCAUAUACUGUCAUAUGUUAUUCCAAAUAUCUUCAAAAUUAUAAAGCUAAAGACUUGUAAUGCAAAAAUGAUGGAUUAUUUUACCAAGCUCGUUACGGAAAUUAUUGCGAUUCGUGAGAAAGAUGAAAUAGUGCGCAAUGACUUUAUGCACAUACUUCUUCAAAUAGACGAAGUGAGCAAACCUGAUAUGGCAAGUGAAUCGACUGACGGUUUAAGUUUGAAAGAGCUUGUAGCACAAUGCUUCGUGUUCUUGUUGGGUGGCCUUGAAGCACCAUCGACAGUAAGUUCUUUCUGCAUCUAUGUACUGUCGCAACAUCUUGAACUCCAGGAUAAAGCCAGAGAAGAAAUUAGAAGCGUGUUGAAGAAAUACAAGGGGAAGAUUUCUCAUGAUGCUCUUUCGGAAAUGACCUUCAUCGAUCAAUGCAUUUAUGAGACCUUUAGAAUGUAUCCACCGGUAAUGAUUCACGGUAGAGCAUGUACAAAGGAAUACGUGGUUCCGGGCUCUAGGGUAGUCAUAGAGAAAGGCACAACGGUAUUUAUACCAACUUACGGACUUCAUAUGGAUCCAGAUUAUUUUCCCAACCCUGAGGUUUUUGAUCCAGAAAGAUAUUCCAAUAAGAUUUCGGAUGCGUGGAUGCCAAUGGGAUGCGGUCCGCGAAUCUGCAUAGCUUACAGGUUUGGACUUCUCCAGGUGAAGUAUGCCUUGGUAACUUUAUUAAGGCAUUACAAAUUUGCUUUGCAUUCGUCAACCAAAACUCCCAUGACCUUUGAUUGCAAAAAUUUCCUCUUAUAUCCAUCAUCGCCUAUAUUAGUCAUUCCUGAAAAACUUUCUAGUAAUGAUUCUUAUAAUCAUCAACAGAAUUUUGACUGCGAUUUAUAAAUCAUGGGAUGUAUUUCGGAACAUGUUGCCGAAUCAAAUUAGUAAUUAUUAAAUAUUUUCAUUUGCAAGUGGAAUAAUUUACAAAUUCUGUUACCUACCAUAGCUACUGAUU